UCAACCAUGAGCUCGUGGUUUGCCAACCAUGGCAUUACGACGAAGUCGAGCAAAACUAAUUAAAGAAUAAAGACAGGCGAAAAACAAGAAGAAGAAGCACACACGAACUACUUCUCUUUGUGACAGUGUAGUAUUUUAAACGAGGUAGUGAUGGCAGGUGUUCUUAGUGAGGCCAUAUUGCUGCACCUUUCCAAAAAAAUUGAUGCAGCAGUUUAUCCAAUCAAUGAGUUUGCUAUAGAUCUGGGCUUUGAUACUGCCGCUGCCACAGCUGCAGCGCAGAUGUCAAUACAGUCUCAGGAUCCAACAAGGAAAUACAAGAUUAUUCUAGACAAGUUUGUCAUGAGGAAUGGUCGGGAUGCUCAGAACCUCAUAGAUAUAUUUGAAGAAAUGAACAAGAAGCUCCUUGUUGAUAUUCUCAAAGAUGCCAUCGAAAAAGAAAGAGCACAGAAACAGAAUCAGUUUAAACGUAUUCAAGCACCUAGAGCUGUUGAAGAUCCAGGACAUACAGGGACCAAGGGACAGGGACGACAUGUUACUCUACAGGCCUCACAGGCCCCCCAACAACGUCCCACAUCAUCGAGUCGAGAUAAUAAUCAGUCAUAUCCAUCUCCUUCAAACCAGAUUUCUCAAAACAGAUUAGGAGGUAACCCAAGGUUCACAGAAAACAUAGUAGAUUUUGAUGAUAUAUUGACUAUUGUUGCCCAAAAAGUACGGAAAAACUCAGAAAUCGAUGCCUUAGGAAAACAGCUUGGAUUUACUCCUGAAGACAUUCAAGGAUAUAUAGCGACAAAUCACAAAACCCAAAAUAUUACGUGGGAUGGAACUCUUCAAAUGCUCCGGGAUUGGUUCAAAGAUCAAAGAAUUGGCACCGAGAGAAAAGGUUUGCAGAACGCUCUGGAGAAAUCAGGUCAAAUCAAUCUUGCUGAUAAAAUCUUUACUCUAACUAUUGCAAAAGAAAAUGUGCAGAAAUCAAGUAAGCCUGAACAUUAUCAAGAACCCACAGAAGCUGAGAGGAGGGAAUAUACAGAAACUGAAGACUGCUCACCAGAUGUCAGUCUGCUAGUACCCCAACAACGUACCGAGUCAUUGAACCAGAAUAAUCCACCACCCCGACCGGUUCCGCCCCCUUUAAACCAGGCACAGAACACUUUAUAUUGGAAACUUGCAGCAGGGUUCAGUACAGUUGUAGCUUUAUUGGCAGUUACAGUGGCUUGUAAGAAUUUAUUUUAUGCUGGAAUAUGUGCACCAUCACCCUGUGCGAAUGGUGGCACCUGUGAGGAGCAUGAUGGGAGAUAUACAUGUUCCUGCAGAACUGGAUACGGAGGUGAUACGUGUGAAAUUGAAUACAUAGCAGAAGACUUCAGCCUUGAAGACUGUCAGGAAACCUUGCAAAGACACUACGAGGAGCAUCUCUUUAAAAUUCAAAUCAAGCCAUGGGACCCGUAUGAUUACGUAAACCUGGAGAAUUACUACACAACAGUCAGCCUCUACAAGGAAGACAAGAAUAACAUUCCGGACAAACCAAUGCAGAAGUCGCUCUUGAAUGGAUCCGUCAACGACAUCUUCCAGACCAAAGUUCGGGGAUCAUUGCCAGAGAGAAUCGUGCUGUUUGGGGAAGCUGGGAGGGGAAAAACUACAGCUGUAGCAAAAAUGGCUUAUGAUUGGGCUAACAAAAGGGAAGAUUCCCCUUUAAAGAAUGUGAAGUUGCUAUUUGUGAUCAAGAUGAGAGAAUUGAAUAUUAAAACAGGAAUAACUGAAGCCAUUGUUUCAUUGCUUGGAAAUAAAUACAAGAAGUAUCAAAGGCAUCUAGAAGAUUACAUUGAUUCCCAUGAAAAGGAUAUAGUCAUCCUCUUUGAUGGUUAUGAUGAAUUUGCAGGAGAGCUAGACUGCCGGAGUAAUGGAGGUGACGUCAUGGAUAUCUUAUGUAAGAAGAGAUGCAGGCGAUGUCGGGUAUUGGUGACCUCUCGUCCGGUUAGAAUAAAAGACUUCAAUACAAGGCAAGUCUACUACUCCAAGAUGGUAAUAGAAGGAUAUUCUCAACAGCAUGCCACAGGUUUCAUCAAUAAAUUCUUUCUUUCCGAUGAAACAAAAGGUAAAGAACUGAAGAAAUAUCUGGAAGAAGACAUUGUGACCAAUGAAAUGAUUGCCACCCCUCUCUUUUGCACCAUGGUGUGUUAUUUGUGGAAUGAAGGCUAUAUUCAUGGGAACUUCACUCGAACCAAACUGUUUGAUGACAUCAUGGAGUUUUUGAGGACACACCUGAAUGCCAAGGAUGAAGAGGAUAAAGAGAUUGAGCAAGACAUGCUCAGUGACACUGUUGUGUCAUUAGGGGAAGUUGCUUAUACGAAAUUGAGUAACAAAGAUGAUUUAAAUCCAUUACUGUUAAUGGAUAAAGAUCUUAGUGAGGUCCAUGAUCAUAAAGUUGACAUCAGCUUCUCUCUUGGUUUGCUAACCAAGGACAUGAAGACAGAUCGUCAAAUCAUCAUCUACAUUGAAUUCUUUCACAAGCUAGCUCAGGAAUAUUCGGCAGGAAGAUACCUUGCAAGUGGCAUUGACGCGGGAAGAAUCGUCACUGAUGGCUUUCCAGAAGUAGUCUUUGACAUCAAAGAGAUCCUUCAGUUUGCUUCAGGUACAUCGGUUUUUGCUUGUCGGAAGAUUGUGACAUCUCUCAUCGAUGAAGGUCGCCGCUCAGCUUUCGCCAAUAGGAAUUACCUCUACCAUCCCAUCAUCUUAGAUUUCAUCAGCGAAGCAGGGACCUGUGCAGACGAUUCUGGACCUCACUUGAUACCUUUCUUAGAAGAUGGAAAACUUCAGCUGAGACAAGUCACGGCAUCAACCGUUGUUGGGUUUGACAGACUUCCUGGAUCCGUAAAGCAGAAGAUCACAACGAUUGACAUCUCUGGAACAACAAGCUCUCCUGAUUUAUUUGUAAGACUGUGGAACAACAUCCAUACUUGCAUCAACCUGAGAUAUAUGGAGAUGUAUCGGCAUGUUCCACCAACAAUCUCAUCUCGGAUGAAUAAACUAUACCAGAUUAAUAGCUUCACCACAAGUAUACAGCCUCCAGCGGAUGACUAUGUGAAAAUCAUGGAGUUCCUCCCAAACCUCAAUGAACUCAUCAUUUAUUGUGAUGAUUUUGGAGAUCAGUCAGAAUUUGCCCUCACACCUGAAGUAUUUGAGAAGCUGUGGAAUCAGUUGGAAUCCUUGACCCUUCUCAGUCGUCUUUCUCUGCCCAUCCCUGCUGGCAUCAGUUUUGACUUGAAGCCACUCGCAUCAAUCCGUGUGUUUGAGACCGACAAUGUGAUUUCAGUGAGCAGCCUCGUACACGUUUUAACGUUCCUUCCAAAGAUGAGGGAGUUGAUUAUUUCUGAAAAGGAAAUUUCUGAACUGAACUACAACUCUGCUGCAUUCUGUCAUCUUUGGGAUAGCCUUCAUACAUCACCUGACCUCACCCAGCUUUUUCUUCCUCUCCCGGCCCCGGCCUGUAUCCAUUGUGACCUCAAGCCUCUCCAGUCGGUCCAAGUCUUCGAAACAAAAUCAUCUUCCAUCGACAUUCUAACCGUCUUGUCGAAACUUCCAAAUUUACAGAAGCUAUAUUUAUAUUCUGAUAUACCGGGAUAUCCAGAAAUAGACGUUAAAAAAGCACACAAGUUCUUCAUCAACUUGUGGAGUAUCUUGCUUAAUUAUCGUGAUCUGCAUCAUUUGAGACUGACCAUUCCUUCAUCCGUUCCGACCUUACAUCUCGACCCCCUCGGCUCUGUGGAGACUUUCCAAACAAAAAUCAAAUCUCAAAUGGAUGUCUUUGUAAUACUUCUUUCCCGUCUACCAAAUAUCAUGGAGCUUGAUAUUUUUGCUACGAAUAAUUACGAUAGGAAGUUCCCAGAGGAUGUGUACUAUGAUAAAGUUGUUUUAGCUAUUGUCGAUGGGAUGGUGAAGAAUCGCAUCCAACCAACAGUUCUCAAUGUGACCUUUGACCCUAGAAGGAAGGCAAGCAAUACAGUGUCGCGUACCUCUGUUGAGAAGUUUAUUCAAAUGUUAAGGACCCGUGGCUCAAUGGAAAAGCUUGAAAUCGUCAGCUUUAAUUACUGCGUGUUCAACGAAACCGACUUAGUAAAAAUCACCGCAGCCAUCAGGGAAGUCACAUCUAUUACUGUUUUCAGGAUUGAUUGUAACUUACAACCUGAAGGCCUGCUUUCACGCUAUGCCAUCCAACAUGAUUACAAGGAAGAAGAUACUGACAAUAGUGAAGAAAGUGGGUCGCUGAUACUUACUAUAUUUUACAGAGAUGAAGAGACAAAUGUUAGGACAGAGAAAAGUUUUAUGCUACCUCGAUUGCAGUGACAAACCAGCAGCAUUGAACACCAAAAGAAAGGAGUGUAACUGAAAUAAAACAGAUCCUUCAAAUAGAGCCUCAUCAACAGAAACAGAAAUGUGACCGUCUGACAAUCUUCCAGCAUACAGAGAAGGCUGAGCAUGCUGUGCCGGUUCGAUCUGCUCUGUGCCUGGCCCAAAGGAAACUGUGUAACAGUUCAACUACUAACUAAUAGUUUCAUUCCGAUUGCAACAAAGAAUAAUUGUUUGAAGUUUUCCUUUAUACCUGUUCUUUUGUUGAAUGGAACAACUUACCCAACUAGAUCAAAGCUAUUCUCGACGAAGAAAAAAUUCAAAGUAGCAAUCCAGAAGUGCCUAAUGCCUCUCACCUCCAUGUCGCAAUCGCAUCAGCGCACCCUACCCUGCCUGUCUGACCCCUUUAGUGGAGUGGGGCAGUAUCCUGGAACUAAGUGAGUAAUUAACCUUGGCCCCGUUGCCUCACAAUUGGUAUUAUGGUCCUAUGGUAGAUUUACUAUCUAUCGGUAAGGUUGCACAGGCAUAAAACAUUUCCCAUAGACUCGUGUGUUAGAGUGGCACUUUAAAAAAUUCAUACAAAAUAAGGAGGAAAUUUGAGGGUUAAAUGUUUACUACAAGUGGACAGGAUAUAUGUCUGACAUUCCAUAUCUGACCAGAAAAGGGUACCUUGACUGGCUCAUUUAAAAAAUAAAUCAGCAUUUAUGAUGACUAUGCUUGACACCUGAGACAGAAAAAUGGCCUUCAUUCUUCCGUCAGUCAAAUUUCGUUCCAAACUUGGUGAUACAUCUUCCCAAUGUGAGUAAAGGAAGAUCGGUAGUUACCAAAAAAUAGAAUCUGUGUGAGAUGGACAAUCAUACUCAUUCGCUUUUGGCAAUCAGCAAUAUCAAAUUUAAAAAUUGAGAAUGGGUUGGCUCAAAUGAAACAUCUUUUGCCUGCCAGUUGUAAUUAGGCCGGUGUGACCUUAACUUCCUUGGAACCCUAAUUUUGAUUGGCUCUUAAGUCAGUUACCAAUGUAUGACAGAGUUAUACAUGUACGUUUGUGCAAUAGGAUCUAGAUAUCCUACUUUGCUCAGACAGAAAGAGUAAAAUUUGUCCAUUUUGGGUCCUGUCUCCUAAAGAAUGUGUAUGAUAACAAAUUGCACAAUAUCUAUAACAGAUUUACUGUCAUCCAACUGUUUUAUGAAAUGGGCCCCUGGUCAUCUGAAAAACAUUUAAAGUUUUUUCACCUGACUAUUUGUCAAAUCUGACAACUUUCUGAUUUUGAUUGAUGGUGAUUGAUGAAGCACUGCAAACAGACUUUGCCUUUCAUGAAAUGCUUCCCAGGGUUCCGUCUUACGGAGAGUUACGAUUGAUUCGAUCAAUCCUAACUCUA